GCGAGGGAAGCCGCGCUCUAGGACCCGAGGAGGAAGAGCUGCAGGGAGACGGUGCCUCCAGCGGGUGCUGCCGCGAGCGGCCGGCCGAGGGGGCUGGAAAUGAAAGUAAAGCGCUCCGGAGCCACAUGGACCGAGCUGCCGGGGCGGCGGCGCCGGGAGCAGGAUGCGGCCGCCCGUAAUUAAAUAGCAUUUACUCUUAUUAUUACUAAUAAUAAUAACGUAAUCAUACCUCUAGUCAUAGCAUACCAUUUAUCGGGCUCGGCGCAGGCCCGCGGGGAGCGCAGCCCGGCCGAGGUCAGGAAGCUAGAAGGCCGGGAUUAAGGUGCUGGCAGAUUCAGUUUCUGAUGGGAACUCUCUUCCUGGCUUGCAGAUGGCUGCCUUCUCGUUGUGGCCUCAUCUGACCUUUCCUCCCUGUGUGGGCAGGGAGAGAGGGAGAGCUCUCUGGCGUCUCUUCUAAUAAAAACACUAACCCUGGGAUGCCUGGGUGGUUCAGUCAGAGACUGAUGGAGAGGCAGAGACGGAAGGCGGACAUCGAGAAGGGGCUGCAGUUCAUUCAGUCGACACUACCCCUAAAGCAAGAAGAAUAUGAGGCCUUUCUGCUCAAGCUGGUGCAGAACCUGUUUGCUGAGGGCAAUGACCUGUUCCGGGAGAAGGACUAUAAGCAGGCCCUGGUGCAGUACAUGGAGGGGCUGAACGUGGCCGACUAUGCUGCCUCCGACCAGGUGGCCCUACCCCAGGAGCUGCUGUGCAAACUGCAUGUCAACCGGGCCGCCUGCUACUUCACCAUGGGCCUGUAUGAGAAGGCGCUGGAGGACAGCGAGAAAGCGCUGGGCCUGGAUGGCGAGAACAUCCGGGCACUGUUCCGCAAGGCCCGUGCCCUCAGCGAGCUGGGGCGCCACAAGGAGGCCUACGAGUGCAGCAGCCGGUGCUCCCUUGCCCGGCCCCACGAUGAAAGCGUAACUCAGCUUGGUCAGGAGCUGGCUCAGAAGCUUGGGCUUCGGGUUCGGAAAGCAUAUAAGAGGCCCCAGGAAUUGGAAACAUUUUCUCUGCUCAGUAAUGGCACUGCGGCUGGCGUGGCAGAUCAGGGAACUUCCAAUGGAUUGGGAUCCAUAGAUGACAUCGAAACAGACUGCUACGUGGACCUGCGAGGCUCCCCAGCCCCGCUACCCUCUCCUCCCACGAUGCCCCUGUUCCCUCAUGUUCUGGACCUGCUGGCCCCCCUGGACAGCAGCAACAGGGCCCUCCCUGGCACUGAGAGCCUGGACGACUUCUCUGACGGGGAUGUCUUUGGGCCGGAGCUGGACACCCUACUGGACUCACUGUCUCUGGUCCAGGGUGGCCUGCCUGGCAGCGGUGUGCCCAGCGAGUUGCCCCAGCUGAUCCCAGUGUUCCCUGGUGGGACCCCAUUACUACCACCUGUAGUGGGUGGCUCCAUCCCCGUCUCCAGCCCACUGCCCCCGGCCUCCUUUGGUCUCGUCAUGGACCCCUCCAAGAAGCUGGCCGCCUCUGUGCUGGAUGCCCUCGACCCCCCAGGCUCGGCACUGGACUCCCUCGACUUGCUGCCAUACUCGGAUACGCGGUUGGAUGCCCUCGACAGCUUUGGGUCGACCCGUGGUGCCCUGGACAAGCCCAGCUCCUUUGUGGGGCAGGUGACCCCUGUGUCUUCUUGCCCAGAGGAAACCAACUCACAGGACCAUCGUCCCCCAAGUGGUACUCAGAAACCAGCCCCCUCGCCAGAGCCCUCCAUGCCCAACACCGCCUUGCUCAUCAAGAACCCCUUGGCUGCCACCCAUGAGUUCAAGCAGGCCUGCCAGCUCUGCUACCCCAAAACAGGGCCCAGGGCGGGCGAUUACACCUACCGUGAGGGCCUCGAGCACAAGUGCAAGAGGGACAUCCUGCUCGGCCGGCUCCGGAGCUCUGAGGACCAGACCUGGAAGCGGAUCCGGCCCCGGCCCACCAAGACCAGCUUUGUGGGCUCCUACUACCUGUGCAAAGACAUGAUUAACAAGCAGGACUGUAAGUACGGGGAUAACUGCACCUUCGCCUACCAUCAGGAGGAGAUCGACGUGUGGACAGAGGAGCGGAAAGGCACCCUCAACCGCGACCUGCUCUUUGACCCGCUGGGGGGCGUCAAGCGUGGCAGCCUCACCAUCGCCAAGCUCCUUAAGGAGCACCAGGGCAUCUUCACUUUCCUCUGUGAGAUCUGCUUUGACAGUAAGCCCCGGAUCAUCAGCAAAGGCACCAAGGACUCCCCGUCUGUCUGCUCCAACCUGGCUGCCAAGCACAGCUUUUACAACAACAAGUGCCUGGUGCACAUCGUCCGCUCCACCUCCCUCAAGUACUCCAAGAUCCGCCAGUUCCAGGAGCAUUUCCAGUUCGACGUGUGCCGCCACGAGGUGCGUUACGGCUGCCUACGGGAAGACAGCUGCCACUUCGCCCACAGCUUUAUCGAGCUCAAAGUCUGGCUGCUGCAGCAGUACUCAGGCAUGACCCACGAAGACAUCGUCCAGGAAUCCAAGAAGUACUGGCAGCAGAUGGAGGCCCAUGCAGGGAAGGCCAGCAGCGGCUUGCAGGGCGCCCCUCGGACACAUGGGCCCAGCACCUUCGACCUGCAGAUGAAAUUUGUGUGUGGCCAGUGCUGGAGGAACGGGCAGGUGGUAGAGCCUGACAAAGACCUCAAGUACUGCAGCGCCAAGGCCCGGCACUGCUGGACCAAGGAGCGGCGGGUCCUUCUGGUGAUGUCAAAGGCCAAGAGGAAAUGGGUGUCUGUGAGGCCCCUGCCUUCCAUUCGCAACUUCCCACAGCAAUACGAUCUCUGCAUCCAUGCGCAGAACGGCCGAAAGUGCCAGUACGUGGGGAACUGCUCCUUCGCACACAGCCCGGAGGAGAGGGACAUGUGGACGUUCAUGAAGGAGAACAAGAUCCUGGACAUGCAGCAGACCUAUGACAUGUGGCUGAAGAAACACAACCCGGGGAAGCCAGGGGAAGGGACCCCAAUCAGUUCUCGGGAAGGGGAGAAGCAGAUCCAGAUGCCCACGGACUACGCCGACAUCAUGAUGGGCUACCACUGCUGGCUCUGCGGUAAAAACAGCAACAGCAAGAAGCAGUGGCAGCAACACAUCCAGUCCGAGAAGCACAAGGAGAAGGUCUUCACGUCCGACAGCGACGCCAGCGGCUGGGCCUACCGCUUCCCCAUGGGCGAGUUCCGGCUCUGCGACAGGCUCCAGAAGGGCAAGGCCUGCCCAGAUGGGGACAAGUGCCGCUGCGCUCACGGGCAGGAGGAGCUCACCGAGUGGCUGGACCGGCGCGAGGUGCUGAAGCAGAAGCUGGCCAAGGCCCGCAAGGAUAUGCUUCUCUGCCCGCGGGACGACGACUUUGGCAAAUACAACUUCCUGCUGCAAGAGGAUGGGAACACCACCGGUGCCGCCCCGGAAGCCCCUGUGGCCGCCGCUGUCACCGGGGAGUAGGGCCAGCUCUGGGCCUCGGGUGAAGUCCUAGGGUCGGGGCGGGGGUGGGGACAGAGGGCCUGAUAGGAGGGCCAGGGCAGGCCAGGGCUGGGGGUGGGGGGCCGCCCUCCUCAGGCAGCCCCCGGCCCCCUGGGGCCCCAUCCAUCCUCUCUGCGCCCACCACCUGUGUGCAUACCCAGGUGCACGUGCUGCAGCCCUGAGUGGUCCCAGGGUCCUCAUCCUGCUGGAACCCCGGGCAGCUAUCCCCCACCCCACCCCACCCCUGGCUCUCCUGGUUGGGGACGGAGGGGCCUGGCCGAACCCGUCCAGCUUCAGCCUACAGCUUUAACUUCUGUCUGGUCCUAAAGGGGGCCCAAAGCUCAGGGCUGGGGAGCCUGGGGUCCCCACUUGAAUCUGCAGCGGGAGGGUCCUUCUCCCUGCCCCACCCUCACCCCACACCCACCUCCCCCAGGGGGCAGAUCAGGACAUAACAGAGGGCUGGAGGCCCCAAUUAGCUUUAAAACACAGCCCCAGGAUGGAGCUGGGAACACACUCCUGGUCGCUUGCCCUCUGGGGCCUCAGUUUCCCCUCCGGUUGGAAGAGUGGGAGGGGCUGGGCUAGAUGAUCUCUGGAGCCUCUCCAGUCAGGCCCCCAGCCUAGCCCUCUUCCUUGUGGGCCACCGAAUGUAGACUGUAGGUGCUCAGAGUCCUUGGAGAUGACUCAGCCUAAACGCCCUUAUUGCAGACAGGGAGACUGAGGCCUGGAAGGGACGGGUGAUCUGCCAGGGUCUCCAGCCCAAGCCACAAGGUAGAGCCAGGAGGCAAACUAGUCAAAAGGCUAAGGGCCAGUUGUCUGCUGGAGCCUCCGGGCUCUUGGCAGGAAUAGGACAGUCUCUGAAUCAGUGUGGCAUCGGGGUCCCAGGCGGUGCCCCCUGUGGGCUGAAGAAGGGAGGCUCAGGCUCAUGUCAGCACCGUGUAGAGGGACUGUCCCCUCCUGAGGAUGGUUGUAGGGAGUGUAGCAGCAUGUUACUUCCCACGCCCACUAGGGGUGGUGGUAAUGGGCAGGGCACCCGUGGGCUCAGCUUCUGCAGGAUGAACUGGAAGGAAGGGGAAGGGUGGGGGUCGGAAUACAGAGGGAAGGGAGAUGACCCUGGGCACCAGGGGUCACUCUAGGAUCGGACACAGCCCCUUUCUUGGGGACCCAGCAUGGCCCUCUUCCCCUUCUCCCCAGACCUAGACGUACAGUUGCCCCUGUCUGUCCUAGCCCUCUCUGAUUCCCGGCCCUACCAGCUGCCUGGGACCUCAGCCGACCCCCAGCACCUGCCCCCAGCCACUAAGCCCUGCCCCAUCCCUCUUGUCUGACCUGUCUGCGUGCACCCCCUCCUCUCCAUCCCACCCCCUAUGGGCACACCCAGCGUCCCCUGGUUUCCGAGACAUUCCAGAAUGUCCCACGCAGUUGGCACAAGGAGUGGGCCCCCCCCGGAAGAAACCUGGGACCACAGCUGGAGUCAGGGGUGGGGGUGAGACAGAGAGAAUGGAAUCCCCCUCAUUUCUCCUCAAGCAAGGAUCGAUAGUGAGCGAUGAUGUGAUUCUGGGCACCCCGGGCGCAGAGAACCCUGUUCCUCCUGCCGUCACUGCCCAGCCUUCCCCAGUAAUCGUGGCAUGCACCCUUUCCUCCCCCUGCCCCUCCCCCAGCAGGCUGGCAGCGUGGUGCCAGCGGCAUGACUGGAGGGGAGGAGAGACCACACCCAAGGUGGAGGCCGUGGCUGUGAAUGUGGAUGACACUUGUUUUCCCCGAUCCGUGGUGUUGCAGUCUGUCGUCACCAGCCUUGUUUUUAGUGUGUAUAUAUGUCGCCCCCGUGAUGCAUAUAUACACAGGUAUUAAAUAUAUCGCUCUAUAUAAUAUUAUAUAUGUGUGUGGUAUCCAAGGAAUCACUUCUAAUGAGGGCUAAAGAUAAAGAAUUUGGCCAGAAAAUGCAGCCAUCCUGGUGUAAUUAAGAGGGAUUUUUCAGAUGCAGGGACUUGGAGCUGUGGGUUGGAGGGGGUUUGGCAGUAGGGGCGGGAGCGGCCCUGCCUGGGCCCAGUUCCCAGAGCACUCCCGGCCUCACUGGGAGCAGUGGUGCUCCAGGAAAGGAAAUGAUUGGUGUUUGUCUCCCACCCAGACGAAUAGGAUCAGAGUCCAGAUUUUUCUUCUUCAGCCUGUUAUCCAUCCAGGGGCCAUUGAGAUCUGGGGCUCCCUGGCCUGGCCAGAGCUGGAUCCCCCACAGAGUUGGGCAGAGAGCAAGAGGCAGGGGGUGGGGGGACAGGAGUCCACUUUGAGUGAUGAGAGUGAUUAUUUCAGUCGUGACCCCGACUGGGAGGCUUGGAGAGUUGAAUCGGGGCCUGUGCCCCCUGCCAGCAGGCAGAGACUAGACUUCGAACAUGGCGGGGGCAGGCGCCCCCGAUGUGAGUGUCCCUUUGGGGUAGGGGAAAGAGGGAUGCUGCAUUUCUCAGCUGGGCAGUAAUCAAUUUAAUGGUCCUUUUAAAAUGUCUGUGUAUUAAAAAUUUAAGAAUACCACACUUUAAUAUUAAAUAUUCAUAAGGUCUAGUAUCUUGAUAAUAAUGUAGAUGUUUUAAUAACAAUUUUUGUCCUUCUUAAAAUAAAAUGAAAGAAACUUGAUUCUUUUAGCCUUUGUUCUAGAAAAUAAACGUGUGCACUUUGACCUCUUU